AUGGCUACUAAAGCUGCUUACAAGAGAUUGACCAAAGAAUACAUGGCCGUCCAGAAGAAUCCACCACCGUACAUGAUAGCAAAGCCGCUGGAAAAGAACAUUCUUGAAUGGCAUUAUGUUCUUCGAGGACCUCCUGAGACGCCUUAUCACAAUGGAGAGUACCAUGGUGUUUUAUUGUUCCCACCGGAGUAUCCUUUCAAACCUCCUUCCAUUCGUAUGACGACACCUUCCGGACGAUUCCAACCUGAUACAAGAUUGUGUUUAUCUAUGUCGGAUUUUCAUCCAAGUACUUGGAAUCCUAGUUGGAGUGUUGCAACUAUUUUGACUGGAUUACUGAGUUUUAUGACCAGUAACGAAGCUACUACGGGGAGUAUCAAAACAACAGAUGCUGAUAAAAAAAUAUACGCUGCACGUUCUCAUCAAUUCAAUCUAAAUGAUCCAAAGUUUAGAGAAUAUUUUCCAGAACUUUGCAUACCUGAGGCAGUACCUGUUGAGAUUCUUUAUCCAAUGUCAUCAUCAUCUAGCAGCACAUCCACGCAAACUUCUGCUGACACUACACAAUCAGCAAACCACGUUCCUCCAGCACAGCAACGAAAUGGCCACGGGACGGUCAACCAACGACUCAUACCGGCAGCAAGAAAUCAGAAUUUACAGCGUCAGCGACGGAUUUUGGAUCAAUGGCGUAAAUGGAUAAUAUUAUCAUUAGUAUGUCUCUACCUUGUUAUAGCAAAAUUACUAUACCGAACUGAAUCUGUCUCUGGAAGUCAUGGUGAAGCUCCUCGAAUGUGA